AUGUUCAUCCAGAAGGCAUGGAGGACGGCAGCGUUCGGGCUCUAUGGCUUCACCCAGUUCACCAAAUCCGGCUUCGUGGAACACGCCAAGAAAUUUAGAGAGGAGGAUAUGCAGAUCCGGUUGGAUGGGAAAAAUUGCCUGGUAACUGGAGCAAAUUCUGGCCUAGGUUAUGCGACAGCUCAGGGCUUGGCUUCUCAUGGCGCCACUGUCUAUAUGCUUUGCCGUAACAAAGAAAGGGGAGAGACUGCUCUGAAUGAAAUAAGAUCCAAAACUGGCAAUAUGAAUGUUCAUCUGGAGAUAUGUGACCUUUCAUCAAUUAACGAAGUCAAGACAUUUGCCACAAAAUUCUCUUCAUUGGAGAAGCCACUUCAUGUCCUUGUUAACAACGCCGGCUUACUAGAGCACAAGCGUACGACUACAUCGGAAGGUUUGGAGCUCAAUUUUGCUGUGAAUGUGGCAGCAACAUACACUUUAACAGAGCUAGUGAUGCCACUGUUGGAAAAAGCAGCACCUGAUGCUCGUGUCAUUACAGUUGCUUCAGGAGGGAUGUACACUGAGCCACUGAACACGAAUUUACAAUACAGCGAAAGCGAAUUUGACGGGACAAAACAAUAUGCUCGUAACAAGAGAGUUCAGGUUGCUCUCACCGAAUGGUGGGCUGAGAAAUACAGCAACAAGGGAGUGGGUUUCUACUCCAUGCAUCCAGGAUGGGCUGAUACACCUGGAGUCUCGAAGAGCUUGCCGGGACUAUCAGAGAAGCUAUCAGGAAACCUGAGAUCGAACGAAGAAGGGGCUGACACAGUGGUCUGGUUGGCUUUGCAACCCAAGGAGAAGUUAGUCCCAGGGGCUUUCUACUUCGACCGGGCCGAAGCGCAAAAACAUUUGAAGUAUGCUGGGACUGCAGCAUCCCAUGAGCAGAUAGGUUCGAUUGUUGACAGCAUUCGCUCCAUCUGUAACCUACCUGCUAACCCACAAGUUUAUCAGUGA